AUUAACCACAUCCAUCACCUGAACUCUCAUCUCAAGCCUAACUUUUCUGUUGUAAUAAUCACAGAUUACUAAUUAAGAUGAUGGUGCCGGCAAUGAAGAAGCAAGAAGAAGAAAAUGAUAGUAAGAAGUUUGUUCGAACAUGCUGGAGUUCAAUCUUGAUGUCCAAUAAUAAUAAGUCCAUGGAAGAAGAAACAUUGAUGAAUUCAUUGAAUUGCAUUCCUCCUUAUUAUGUUGCAAAGACUAAAAAAGCCUCUCUCAGUGAUAAGAGUCUCCAGAUAUGCACUGAAAGCCUUGGAUCCGAAACCGGCUCCGAUCAUCUUCUUUUCUCUUCCUCUUCUUCUUAUACCGUCCCUUCUUGCGUUCAGACUCAAUUUCAGGCUCAAACUCAGGCUCUGCCAGAACAGCAUUGUGCUAAUAAUCUUGUUUUCAUCAACAAGUGCGCACCGCGUUCACCUCCUUCUUCUCUUCCUCCUCCGCUGCCUUCGCUUGGGACGCUGUCCCGCCGGCGUGACGGCAAUGGGAGGCUGUUUCUAGAAGCUUUGCCAGCUGUUGCUGCAGCUUCUCACAAAAACAUUAACAAGAACAACAAUAAGCUCUGUGCUCAACGCCAAGACGGUCGUCUCGUCCUUACCUUUGCUGCUUCUAAAGAAGAAGAAGAAGAAGAAGAAGAAGAAGAAGAAUUUGAGGAAGAUGACAAUGUUGUUGUUGAUGAAGAAGAGGAGUAUGAUGAAGAUGAUGAAGUAGAGGAAGCAAAUCACGAUGAUGAUGAUGAUGAUGAUGAUGAUGGUUACUUGGUUCAUCAUCACAAUAAUAAUAAUCCAAAGAGCAUUAUUAGUUGCAAGGAUUCUAGAAGGUCUUUUCUACUAUGGGAACCACAUUGCAUUGCUACUUAAUUUCAUGAUGAUUAAUUAAUUAAUUAGCCAUAAUAAUGUACUCUUAUUUAAUUUUUAUUAUAUAUAUCACUCUACUUAAUAUCUGUCUUCUAUGUUGUCUCUACCAGCAGCUAGCUCCACUCUUUUCAGGGAGCUGCUGAUUAAUUAGUUCAAAUAAAUCAAUUAACUAGACAGAGGAUUUAUAUUUAUGUAUGUGUUUGUGCAUGUAUACACAGGUAAGU